CCUUGCUCUUCUCUCAUUACCACUCCACUCUGCCAUGGACUCCUCUAAGAUCACAUCUCUCUUUUUCAUUUACUUGCUUUUCAUCUCCUCAGCCACUCCCAUUCUUGGUUGUAACUACUGCCCAAAGCCCCAUCCCAAACACAAGCUACCCCCUAAAGUAAAGCCUCCAGUUGUUAAGCCUCCCAUCACUCUCCCUCCGGUGACUCUCCCUCCCAUUGUGAAACCACCUGUGACAGUCCCACCGGUGACUCUCCCUCCCAUUGUGAAACCACCUGUGACAGUCCCACCGGUGACUCUCCCUCCCAUUGUGAAACCACCGGUGACCGUUCCACCAGUGACUGUCCCACCGGUGACAAUCCCUCCGGUGACCGGCAUCCCCCCAAUCUUGAACCCACCGGGUGGUGGCGGUGGUGGUGGUGGAAAGCCUUGCCCAUCACCUCCGGGGAUGGCAACAUGUCCAAUUGACACUCUAAAGCUAGGAGCAUGUGUGGAUCUUCUUGGUGGGUUGGUGCACAUUGGUUUGGGAGACCCAGUUGUGAAUCAAUGCUGCCCAUUGCUUCAAGGGGUUGUUGAUGUGGAAGCUGCAGUGUGCUUGUGUACCACUCUCAAGCUCAAGCUCCUCAAUCUCAAUGUCUACCUCCCAAUUGCUCUUCAACUACUUAUUACCUGUGGGAAGACACCUCCUCCUGGUUUCACCUGCUCUCUCUAAAUCCAAGUGGGGAUAAAAUCGACAUGAGAGGAUGUCAAGCAACCAAUGUCUUUCUCACUUGCUUUGUUUGUUUGUUAGUGUUUUUUUUUUUUCUUACCUUUUAUUCUUUCACUGUAUCCUCCUUGAUUGUUACUAUUGGUGAUUGGCUUUGUUGUACACAUUUGUUCUGUAUGUUUUGUCUUAGUUAAGCAAGACAAGCAAGGAUGCUUUCCCUUUAAUUUCCUUUCUCUUUCACUUUUCAAUCUAUAAUUAUAUCUUUUGGAUUCUUA